GUAAGAAUGAACACUGAGUAAGUAGUCACUUGAUUGUCCAGAUCCCGCACCCGAUAGUGCUUUUAUCGCUUCAGCAACGCCAUUCUACCUCCUCGGAUUGUUUCAUGAUGCAUGCGUGUCCUCCACCUUCAUCUCUAUUGCAAACCUUCGCUCUUUUCUCUUGGCGGCUUGUUUGCAUCCUUUUGUGGACGGCGUUGGCCAUUUUUGACGUGAGCCGUGCAAGCUUCUUGGUUGUUCUCGCAGGCUCAUCGUUCUUCCGAUUCAUUUCUGCCAAUAGAGGGGAUCCGCGGAUAGGCAUAUCAACCACGACGCUGAGCGUCAGACAAAGCCAAACUUUUGAUGAAACAGGAGUAGAAGCUGGGAAUUCACGAACCGCUGCUUUUCAGCACAGACUAAUACAAAACACAGCCACAGCGAACAAGUGGAGAUCUCGAACACAUUCACAGGGCCGCUCCCUAUCAACAGCGACGAACGCAUCGACAAGCGCGGAUGAGGAAGACGCUUUUUGUCACAGAAAUUGCUGUCGCAAUGUCGAGCGAUCGGUUCUCGUGCUCGCAUCUGAGUAUUCAGAGCUUGGCGUCGACGUCUCGAAGCAAGCCCAGUGGGCCUCUCUGGUCGCAACUGAGUGCGAGACGGAAAACUGUGACUGCACGGCAAUGUCCUUGUUCGUUGAGACGCAGUGCGUUUUCUAUGUCGGAGGCGUCUUAAGUAGUAUGGAGGAGGUUCGUGGCUACUGUGCAGACACUCGAACGCUGUUUCUCCGGAACUACUGCCCAGCGGCGUGCCACGUCCCCGACGCAGAGUGCGAUGGUAAACGAUUACUUCUUCUGAAAAACGUAUGCGUAUACCAGAGUGCUUCAUGGAGUUUUUAAGCUCACAUUUUUUUUUUUGUUGCUGGGGAGUCUCAUGAGCUUCUAGACUCAAAUAAAGGUUAGACUACCUCUUACAAUUGCCGUAAUGAACGGGCCAAUAGUUGUAAAGCAUGCAGCACCGUACAUCGACUAGCCUUUUGAUAUGGGGUCAAGUAUCCACUCAGCCCAGGCGCGCAGGGGCGGAAUUGUAUUCGUCAGUGCGGAAACUAUCAGCAGUGUGAUUGUCGAAAUAGGCGUGGGACGAGGUUUCCCCCGACCUGUGACGUGGGAUUACUCGAGAAAACAAAGGAGAAAUGUAGCGACAUCCUUCUGCCGGGAAACUGUGGCUUGCACCUCUAUCCUCCUCCUACAUGCGCUCGAUAUCAGUUUUGUCCAACCAAUCUUUGCCUGAUACAUGACGUGGUGUGCAUAGCGGAUGAUAUGUGCCAAGGCGAGGGGACAUGUAUGCCGUCGUCAGGACAAUGUGCGUUUCCGAAUUUACGUCAUGGAACUUCUUGUUCAGUUUGCUUUUAAAAUCGCAAUGGCAGCUCCUCCACUCUACUCGAGAAAAGAUGCUUACUUAGAACUGGUCUGAAAAUUAGAAAUAUUAUACUUGGCCUUCUAUCUCAAUCUCACAACAUCGCUCAUUUUUUUUGCUUUUUUCUCCAGUAUCAAACAUUUCCUGGUUAUCUUCGUCCUUCCGCGUUCAUUUCUCUUGCCAAAGGGGACAGCAUGCGAUGACGGUCUUUUCUUCACGCCUGCCGAGACCGACAAAUGCGAUGGCAUGGGCACGUGCAUAGGAAUUCCGGAUCUGUGUCAGCUGCAUCGCGUUCAGUGUCAAAAUGCUGAUCCCUAUUGUACCGAGCUUCCCGGAAACUGCGUUCCAGAAACUGGCAAGUACUGCAUCGUGCUCCGCGUCUACUCGUCCGUCGAUUCAUCUUCGGUUGAUGUAGAAGUUCUUCUCUUUGAUGAAGGGAGAGAUCAGAUAGAUGCAAGAUCGAGAAAACAUCUUAUGUGGUCUUAUUUGACUAUGCUUGGGUGUCCAUCUCCUUUUUUCCAGGUGCAUAUACAAUUUUCAACCUGACGAUACAUUGUGCGAUGACCAUCGACUAUACACCGUGGGCGACCGGUGCAGCGGUGGGAUCUGCAAAGGCGUAAUCGUAGACUUGUGCUCCAACAUCCAGUGCCCGGCUCCGAGCAACGACCCCUGCCGCGUUGCCGGUGUGUGUGAUCCGGCGACCGGCACCUGCUCAUUCCCGCGUGCCGCGGAAGGCACGCCAUGCGGAGGGCCCAGCGGUAACGGAGUUCAGACCAUGGAGCGAGGCAUCUGCAUCGAGGGUCUCUGUGUUUCGGAUCCAUACGGAGGAACGCCAAAGUGGCUCACUGUGGGCCGUGGCCAAUGCGUUGACGGCUUGGGGAAGCGAAUGGCAGCGAUUCAGGGCGAUGUGGAGGAUGAAAAGGAGUGCAAAACCCAUUGUGCGCGAGAUCCCGCAUGCAUGGGCUACAAUUACGCUUUCGAAACUCCUGUGUGUACGCAGUACACAACUCUGCGAUCGGAAACUGCAGACGUCAGAUUCGCUUUUGUGCCGGUAAUUUACUAAAGUUAAGCACCGUUUCCGUUUUUCUUUUACUUUAACGGUCUGCGUUUUGAGUUUGAAGUUGAAGUGUGUGUUCAAAAUCUUUGUCCAUUGCAUAAAGCAAUGCUCGUGAACGUAUGCACCGAGUCCGUUAACCUCCUUUAGUACACUUCUAUGUAUACAUAGAUACAGCUGAAGAUGAACCAUAAACAAAGCGAAAGCAAUAUCAUAUUUAUCAAGUCUUCAUGUUCAUUCAUUUCUCGUAGGGCGAUCUCCCUUCCGCGUUGGAAAUUAGUCGCGUGUUGGCGUUGACGAAUGGCGAAGUUGACUCCGUUUGUCGGAAAAAAGAUCUCUACGGCGACCCCGAGAAAAAAAAUGGCUUUAUUCGCCUGUUCCUAGAAUUCUUGGAAGGUCCUGGCAUCAUAGUCUUUCUCGUUCUAACCAUAACGAUCUGGUUCUGGGUUUCCCUCAAGGAACUGAGUAUCGCGACUUAUUGCAAUGCUAUCCACUGCGCAAAAGCGACACGGGAAAAUCCUCCGACUCCCGCAUCGAUAAGGAAAUCGGUAGCGAAAGGGGCGGGUGCUCUCGCGGACGCAGCCGCUGAGCGCUCUCCCGUCGCACGGACGCUGCUGGCCACCACGCGACCAGUCGUGGAUGGCAUCGCAAAAGGUGCUGACUAUAUGAUCGACAAGCUGCAACCGCUAGGAGGAGGUGGGGCGGAUGUCCGUGCAACGAGUUAUGGAAAGCGAAAGGGAGACUAUGAUAAUUGAACUUCAACAACUUAUUUCUUCCACUCCCACUCAUCACGUUCAGUUUCAUCUAUUGAAUUAGUUACUAGGGGAAAUGAUCUCCAUGAGUAUCAUUAUCAUAGAAUCGUUGUAAAGCACCUUUUUCUAAAAUUUGCGCGUAGAAGGUCGUGACGACGAUUUGAGCUCAGGCUCUACUUCAUCCUUUUGGCGGGUAGAACCUGAACAUAGAGGCCUCGGUAACCGCUUCGGGGCUAUGGUACGGGACAAUGCCCGCAAAACACGGGCUAUGUUCCGCGCUUUCUGGGGCCUCCCUGCCGACGAGGAGGAGGAUGGGUUGGGCAAUUCAGCGGGGAUUUCUGGGCGUCAUAAACAGGCCUCAACGCUAGCGAUUUGGUGGACGUGGUCCGAGUCCAGGGGAAACAAUGAGAUUUUGCUGAAAGACGACCGCAUCUCUACUAAUGUCGCGCUAGGUCGCGAGAAAACCGAGGGAGAGGAGGAGCAGCUUGACGAAGAAGAGCUUCAAGACUCAGAUGAGGAAGAUGAAGCAGGUGGAGGAGAGCAGGACGACGUCGCCCGCAGAGCAACGCGAGCAAGCAGAGCCUCGGACUCAUCUCAACAACCUGACUCUCUUAUGGACGAUGACGAUGUAGAGGACCUGGCUGAUGAUGUUGCGGAUGGCCGCGACCCAAAGCGGACCACGAGUAGGAGCACGGUCGCAAAAAAUGAUGGUGAAGAAGCGAGCAGUCGACCGUCGAAGAGCUCAAAGAUUGGGUACGGUCGCGGAUCCUCGUCCCAGAAAUCAAUGGCAACGGGCCCUGCCUUAAAGAAAAGUAGGACAACGGCACGGAGCCGCGCAUCUGAAGCCGAAGACCACGAGCGUGAUGAAGCGCAGCGACCCAGUGCAGGUGCACGUCCGCAGGCUAUCGCCAUGCUAGCGGACAUAACAUCGAAAGUCCGGAACUUGCUUUUUCCAAAUAGGGGAGAUGAUGCAGACGUCGUCGGAGCGACGCUCGGACCAGGCGAGAACGAGCCGAGAGGCAGUAGAAUGAGCAGAGGUCGGAAAACGAGAAUAUCCUCAACAUCAGUCACAGCUGCAGAUGACUCGCUCCGCGAUGAGAUGCGAGAGCGAGACGACGCGCCGCCUGCAUCUGCAACUCCAGACAAAGGUGGUAAAAGUGGAUCGCGGUCACGGCGUGCGCGCACUGUCGUCAGUCCGUCAAAAGCCGAAAUGUGCGGUGAGGGAUCAGGUCCCGACGAAGCUAAGCAGCGACCGAAUAAAAUGCGAAAGGCGAAAUCAAGCAGCGCAACGCCAGCAAAGAGCAAAAAAAGUGAAACAAGAACUACUAGUCGAAAAAGUGGGGGACUGUCUAUUUCUAUAGUACAAGACGAACCUGACGCCGAAGACGAUCCGGCUAAGAACGAGCACCUAUCACCAACGCCCGAUGAAGAACUGGCGGAAAACAAUGGAAAGAGCCACGGGCGAACAACGCGCACAUCAAGAACGGCGUCGCGCAUAUCGACAACUAUGACGGUAGACGAAGAAGACAAUGAAGUCAAUCCUGUUGAAGAAAAUCUCGAAGUCGAAGAUUUUUAGAAGGUCAAGAUUGAUAAUGCACUUGUACUUGUUUUUUGAAGUUUCUGUUUUUGUUUAUGAAAGUUCGAGUUUCUAAAUUUAAUUCUAUCUUGAUGAUAUUCAUAUUGAUGUAGACUUUGGUAAGUAUUUCUAGUCGUGUUUCGUUUCAGUUUGAAUCUUUCCAACAGCUGCAAGUGCUAUUGCAAGGAACUAGCAAAGUUCAGGUAAACAAGUUGAAGUGAUGGACAUUAUUUAAAGUGAAAAUACUCGUGCACUUGCUAUGUUUCCUGUUACAGUUUCUGUUUCAGGCCGAGGGCGCCAGAAUCAUAAACAGAAUCGAUACGUAUAUCUAUUUCUAAAUAUAAGUACUUAGUCGCAUCUACUAGACUGCAAGUAUGCUGCUCCAGCGUCUUCCACCUCGUACAGCUAGACAACUAAAUUAAGACUAGACGAAAAAUACUCUGUAAAAAAAUGGUUAUGGAUGGAUCGAUGUCAGUAUGCAUCGAUCGCGCGGAAACAAAGGCCAAGGAUAUACUUUUCCUCUUGAUGCACUGCACAGUGUUUUUUGCAUUGAACAAAUUAUCAGUUUAUUGGCAAGUGACUUUAUGGAUAAUUGAUGUACUUAGUUACUUACAUACUGAAGAGGAUGAGACGAAUCAAUCUAUGAACUUCGCAAGGGCAAAAGUCAUAGUCGACUACGGCGAGACAGGC